CAGAGUAAAGGGGCGCCGCCGGCAGCAGCCGCCCCCGCCCCGCGCUCCCGGCCGCCCUCCUCCCCCCGGACGCCAGGGCGUGUGCGGGGCACGCGGGCGCCUUGGCCGGGGGCUUCCUCUCCUGCGCUCCGCUCGGCUUCUGGUGGUGCCUUCAUCCAGGGUCCAGGAUGACGAUCCGACACCAAGGCCAACAGUACAGGCCGAGGAUGGCAUUUCUGCAGAAGAUCGAAGCCCUGGUGAAGGACAUGCAGAACCCGGAGACGGGGGUCAGGAUGCAGAACCAGAAGGUUCUGGUCACCAGUGUCCCUCACGCCAUGACAGGAAGUGACGUUCUCCAAUGGAUAGCCCAGCGGCUUUGGAUCUCCAAUCUGGAGGCACAGAACUUGGGCAACUUUAUUGUCAAGUAUGGCUACAUUUACCCCCUGCAAGAUCCCAGGAAUCUCGUUCUCAAGCCUGACAACAGCCUCUACCGAUUUCAGACGCCGUAUUUCUGGCCCACCCAGCAGUGGCCGGCUGAAGAUACAGACUAUGCCAUCUAUCUGGCCAAGCGAAAUAUAAAGAAGAAAGGGAUUUUAGAAGAAUAUGAAAAGGAAAAUUACAAUUUCUUGAACAAAAAAAUUAACUACAAAUGGGACUUUGUCAUUAUGCAGGCCAAAGAGCAGUACAGGACCGGAAAGGAAAGGACUAAGGCAGACAGGUAUGCGUUGGAUUGCCAGGAGAAGGCGUAUUGGCUGGUCCACCGAUGCCCUCCGGGAAUGAACAACGUGCUGGACUAUGGCCUGGACCGAGUGACCAAUCCGAAUGAGGUUCAGGUAAACCAGAAACAAACAAUCACUGCUGUCAGGAAAGAGAUCAUGUAUUACCAACAGGCCUUAAUGAGGUCCACCGUGAAGUCUUCAGUGUCCCUUGGAGGGAUCGUCAAAUACAGUGAGCAGUUUCUGUCCAAUGACGCCAUCAUGUCAGGCUGCCUCCCCAGCAAUCCUUGGAUAACAGAUGACACCCAGUUCUGGGACUUAAAUGCCAAAUUGGUGGAAAUCCCAACCAAGAUGCGAGUGGAAAGAUGGGCUUUCAACUUCAGUGAGCUGAUCCGAGACCCCAAGGGCCGGCAGAGCUUCCAGUACUUUCUCAAGAAAGAAUUCAGUGGGGAGAAUCUGGGAUUCUGGGAAGCCUGUGAAGAUCUGAAGUACGGAGAUCAGUCCAAGGUCAAGGAGAAAGCAGAGGAGAUUUACAAGCUCUUCUUGGCCCCAGGGGCGAGACGGUGGAUAAACAUAGAUGGCAAAACCAUGGACAUCACCGUCAAGGGGCUGAGACAUCCUCACCGCUAUGUGUUAGAUGCGGCGCAGACUCACAUCUACAUGCUCAUGAAGAAGGAUUCUUACGCCCGCUAUUUAAAAUCUCCAAUCUAUAAGGAAAUGCUGGCCAAAGCUAUUGAACCACAGGGAACCACCAAGAGAAGCUCCGGCCUCCCUUUCAUGCGGCGCCACCUGCGCUCCAGCCCGAGCCCCGUGAUCCUGAGGCAGCUGGAAGAAGAAGCCAAGGCUCGAGAAGCGGCCAACACGGUGGACAUCACCCAGCCGGGCCCGCACACUGCUCCCAGCCCUCACCUGGCCGUGUACACCGGGACCUGCGUGCCCCCCUCUCCUUCCAGUCCCUUCUCCCCGUGCUGCCGCUCCCCCAGGAGGCCCUUCCCCUCACCCAGCCGCUUCAUCAGGAGGCCCAGCAGCGCCAUCUGCCCCUCACCCAUUAGGGUGGCCUUGGAGAGCUCUGAGCAGAAGGGCGAGGCCAGCGGAUCCAGUGCCUGCCCGGGGCCCUCCGACACGGACAUGAGGGAGGCCUGCGCCGCCGAGAACCCCUGGCCCCGGCCCCAGCCCAAGGCCCCGCCCAAGGCCCGCGUGGCUCUGUCCUUCAGCAGGUUUCUGAGACGGGGCUGUCUAGCCUCCCCCGUCUUUGCCAGGCUCUCUCCCAAGUGCCCCCCUGUGUCCCACGGGAAGGUGCAGCCCCUGGGGGAUGUGGGCCAGCAGCUGCCACGGCUGAAAUCCAGGAGAGUAGCAAACUUUUUCCAGAUCAAAGUGGACGUGCCUGCGCGGAGCGGAGCCUGCCUGAUGGACCCGGAGGACGGCGGGACAGGAGACUCGGGUGACCAGGCCAUAGAGAAGGAGGUCAUCUGCCCCUGGGAGAGCCUGGCCCAGGGGAAAGCCAGCUGAGCCAGGGGUCCCGGACCAAGAAGACGCUCCCGGCAGACCCCGCCAGAUGGGACCAUGGGCACGCUUGCCCUCGAACCGAAGUGCAUUGCGAUCACAUUUGGGGGCCGGAGAGACAAGAUGGGUGGGGUUACGGGGACGUGUGCACUGGCUGGGGUCCCGAUGGCCAAUUCCUACCCUUCUUCCUGACCUUCCCUCCCUUGGGCAGAAGAAAGGACUUUACUUGCUGCCUUAAAACCGAUAAAAGGUUAACUUGUAAGGGUCUCUUGGAUGGGAGUGUUAGUGUGUGUCUGGUUUUAUUAGUUGGUUAGGAGCUACUACUUAUGAGUUAAUGUGUUAAACUCAUUUCUGCUUUGGUUUUAGGGACAAAGGGACAUUCACUGUCAAGAACUCCUUCCCUGUCUGCAUGGGUUUGCGCUUGACACUCUUAUAUCAGCAGAGUUCCCUAGAGUGGGACACCAUUCAGGAAAGGGGGUGCUGGGGAAAGGCAUCUUUCUAGAAUGCCUGAUGUGUUGUUUCAGAUCCACCAAGAAGUAGAGACGAGAUGGGAUGAGAUGGGGAUGGACUAGGGGAAACACCUGUGACGCAUGAGGAACGGAAGCCGCAGAAGGGGGUGAGGACCUUCAGAGCAUGUGCGGGGCUGGCCUCUGGGGGAGCAGGCAGGGCAAUGCAGCUCCCAGAAAGUCUUAGCCACGCUGUUGGGGUGUCCCUGAGGCAAAGUCACCAUGGGAGGUGUCCUCUGUCUGGCAGGAAUGGUUCUGCCUUAAGACUUCCACAUGCAAGGUCGCUGGCUGGUGACACCCUGGGGGAAGCCUGGCCCUGGCAAGGACACACGGGUGGCCGUCUGUCCAUAUGCUCCCUGCAGCAGGAGAUCUGAGCACGCAUGUUCCUAUCCGAUGCAUGCAAUCUGGUAGGCACCCUGGAGGUGGUGCCCCACCCUUUUCUCCCGGUUGUUUACUCAACAAGUAUUAAUUGAGUCCCUCCACGGUGCCAGGCACCAUGCUAGGUCCUGGGCAUGCAGCUGUGGGUAAGACUCCUUGCCUCCUGGAAUUCGUCUAGAGCGGUGGUUCCCAACCAGGGACAGCGUUGCCUCUAGCGGACACUGAGGAGGGUCUCGAGACGUUUUGGGGUGCAAGGAAUGCUACUGGCAUCCAGGGGUAGAGGGCAGGAAUGCAGCUGAGAUUUCACAGAGCACCGGUGAGUGUCCUAUCCCGUCACCAGAGAAGGUGAUCUUGCCCAGCACAUGAAGUGGCCUUGCUGAGAGCUCCUAGAACAGAGGUUACAGGUUACGUCCGGUGCUGCUGGCCCCGUGCUUCUUGUCUCUGGUUUCUGCUCAAAGCCCUGAUAUGUUACCUGAAGGGGUCCUGCUGGAUUCUGAGUGGAUUAAACAGUGGGUUGAGGUUAAGGGCUACACGAUAAAACAAAACAAAACAAAACAAAACAAAAUCAAAACCAGAAAACCUUUCUUAAAAGUUGCACGGAAAGUUGUCACAGGAAAAAAAAUUCAAGUGUAUUGCCAAACAGCUGGUUGUGCCCCUCCCCUUAGUCCUUGGCUUCAUCAGAUUUCGAUCAGUAGACGAGAGCUCCUCACUUACUUUGAAUGUUGGACACUUACCUUAUUGAGCCCAUGCGCCCUGGGGCUACUGAGUCACCCGUCCUGAUACGGAGCCUGAAUGGUGACGAGGUGCACGGCUCACACCUGGGCUUGCCGACCAUGCCGGGAAACACAGAUGAUUUCGUACGGAGGGAGCAUCUCGUUUUACAUUCUAUGGAAUCCACUCUUGGAGGCUCAAGAGUCACUCAUUCAGGGGUCAGGAAACUUCUUCCAGAGAAUACAGAGACUGGGCUGGAUCUUUCUUGGAAGGCGAGUAGGUUGAUCAUUUGGUGUCUUUAUUUGCAAAGCUGGUCCAACACGAGAUCACAGGCAAAGCAAUCCAGAUCUUUCAUCUACCAGCGGCCGGCAUGCCCAGACUCGUACCCUACAGCUAUGGGGCUCCGCUCCUAAGCCCCCAGGGACCUAAAGAGAAACCAAGCCCACCCGAAUCUUCAGCAUCAAAUACUGAAGGCUACAGCAUUUGCUGGUUGGAUUAGGUGAGGUCCAGACUCAAGGGCAGUAACCGAGAGACCCAGAAGGAAGGAAGGAAGAGAUUCGAACAUGAAGGAGUUUUUGACUCUGUGACAUCAUUGCCCAAAGCGGGGAGGCAGACAAUGGUAAGUGGAUUCCAGGGAAGAGAAGAGAUGUAAGGGCUCCAUCCAUCCCCUAGUCACUGGCACGAUCAUUCUCCACCUUGUCUGGAUGUUAGAAUCUGCUGGAACCUUGAAAGAUCUCGAUGCUUAGGCCACGCCCAGUCCAAUCAAGUCAGGGUCUCUGGAGGUGGAGCCCUGGCAUGGGGAUUUUUGAAGACACUUACCCAGAUGAUUCCCAUGUCCAGACAAGCUCGAGAACCACCAGCCUGGGGUAGUGAUUGAAGCUGGUUCCCCACCCCCACGUCCAUGUUCACGCUCAGAGAGACAGCAGGAAAGGAGAACGUAGAGGGGCCUUGAGUUCACGACCUAGAAGUAGCAGCUGCCAUUUCCACUGGCCAUCCGUUGGUCUGUGCUUGUUCACAUGGCCACACCUAGCCAAAAGGAUGCUGGGAAAUGUAGCCUACAGUUAGGUUAGGCCAAAUCUUUGUUCAAUAUCUACAAAAUGCAGCCCCGCUCUCUUCAUGGCUGGGCGGCUCUGCCUUCAUCCAGAUGAAAACCAAACACCAGGGGAGGGGCCAGAAGUGCAGCCGAUUCUCUCCUGGGGUUCCCUUAUUGCUCAGAGGCAAGCCGGGGAAGUCAGAUCCACGGGUCACCGGCAGAGGCAGGACUACAGGAUACUCGAGUCCUGCCCGGCCCCUUCCCAGCGUGGGACAGCUCCUUGAUUCCUUGACCUGCGAGCUGGGGGCUGCUCACUGGACCACCUCCAUAGGGUUAUUUGAAGUCACACAAAAUGCAAUGAUACCUAUGAAACUUUUUGCCUGUUCAGAACUUUAUAGGGUGCAAGAAGGAACAACUUUAUCCACCAGCUCUCCCCACCCUCCUCUCCCUGUAGACCUACGCUGUUGAGUGAGUUUGGUUUUCCAGCCCUGGAUGAAAGCUCUGGCACGUCCCAUAACUUUCCUGGUCGCUUUUGGUUAAUAAAUCCUCCAAGCACCGUCAGUGACAAUGUAGCUCUGUCCGUGUGCCAUUCAGACGUCAGCGUCAUGAGCGAAACUCAGAACUUCAUCCAAAGGUAAAGCUCCUUCCCUCCUCCAGCUUGAACGGAGCCAGACUGAGGAAGGGAGUGUGCUUCUUCUCUCUUUCCUGUGUCGCUCCUCCGCUUUCCUUCUUCCCCACUCACUCACCAUGUAGCCUGUGGCUCCUGGAGGGGUGGGCUGGUGAGCCAGAAAGUUCUUAGCUGGCGGUCACAAAAGCAUCAUCGUUCAUGACCGUUGCUGGGAUCCCCCUGCGGGGUCUUCCGUAGCUGGGGUUUUCCUGGAUUCUUGGGAUCUUCUGGUCUCAGCCUCCUUGGUCAGAAGGGACCACGAGUCUCCUCCAGCUGGCUGCGUGAGAAAUUCAUCCCACAGUCCACAUCUCAGCUGUGAUCACACCCCUGGAUGCUGGGGCAAGAGUCAAAUGUCUACGCACCAGCUUCCUGCUGUCCAGAUCCUUCAGACUCUAGCAUCCUUGCCUCUGCCCGGCAGCCCUGCCCCAUUUCUCCCCUUUCUGCUGCACGGCUCUACCUGAGCUCAGCUUUUUUCUGGUUCCCUCCCUCUCACUCUGCACAAGUAAGUCCUCUGAGUGACUCGUAAAACUCCUUUCUUAGCUUAAUAGAGAGGCAAGCACCCU